CUAUCCUCAGCUCUUCCAUUCAUCCCCACUGCUACCCUCCUACUCACGGGUCACCCCCUUCACCCCACUCACCCAGCCGCCUUCCCGUCCACCCACCCCUCCAUCCAUCCAUCAGCCCCAUCCAUCCAUCAGCCCCCAUCCAUCCAUCACCCCCCAUCCAUCCGUCCAUCUACCUACCCAUCAACCUUUCCUUCCUUACCUUGCAUUGUCUUGCCUUUCCCUCCUCUGUCCCCCCUCACCCCUCCAUCCCCUCCUUCCUUCCUUCCUUCCAUUAUGGCCUCUAUAAUGAUGGUGCCAUCUUAGAGUUAGGGUAACUUGUGACAGCCGUUAGGGCCUAGAAAUCAGAGGUGAAUGUGGGAGAAGUAGGCGUGGAGGGCUCCAGGCCCCUGGGUCCCUUGGAGUAAAGCAGAUCACAGCAAGGCGUGGUUAGAGACCAGCGUUCCGAAGAAUCAAAAUUUUAAGGGCCAUGGAGUGUCAAAGGGCAAAGAGAGAGAGCAGAGGGCAUCAAUCCGGUUCAAGACCACCCUCAUGAACACGCUCAUGGAUGUCCUUCGCCACCGGCCAGGAUGGGUGGAAGUGAAGGAUGAAGGGGAGUGGGAUUUCUACUGGUGCGACGUCAGCUGGCUCCGGGAGAACUUCGACCACACCUACAUGGACGAGCGCGUGCGCAUCAGCCACUUCCGGAACCACUACGAGCUGACCCGCAAGAACUACAUGGUGAAGAACCUGAAGCGGUUCCGGAAGCAGCUGGAGCGCGAGGCGGGGAAGCCGGAGGCAGCCAAGUGCGACUUCUUCCCCAAGACCUUUGAGUUGCCCUGCGAGUACCACCUGUUCGUGGAGGAGUUUCGCAAAAACCCGGGAAUCACCUGGAUCAUGAAGCCCGUAGCCCGGUCGCAGGGGAAGGGCAUCUUCCUCUUCCGGAGGCUAAAGGACAUCAUGGACUGGAGGAAGGGCACCGUGGGGAAGAAGCUCGCCAGCCUGGAGCUGCAGCCUGCCCGCAGCACCAUCAACCUCUGCAGCAGCCAUGAACCGAGAACUUCCGAAGAGCAAAAAGACGAGAUCCCUGUGGAGAACUACGUGGCUCAGCGUUACAUUGAAAACCCCUACCUGAUAGGAGGCCGCAAGUUUGACCUGCGCGUCUACGUGCUGGUGAUGUCGUACAUCCCCCUGCGGGCCUGGCUCUACCGCGACGGCUUCGCCCGAUUCUCCAACACCCGCUUCACGCUGAACAGCAUUGACGACCAGUACGUUCACCUCACCAACGUCGCUGUCCAGAAGACAUCUCCCGACUACCACCCGAAGAAGGGCUGCAAGUGGAUGCUGCAGCGCUUCCGGCAGUACCUGGCGUCCAAGCACGGGCCCGAGGCGGUGGAGGAGCUCUUCGCUGACAUGGACAACAUCUUCAUCAGGAGCCUGCAGAGCGUGCAGAAGGUGAUCAUCAGUGACAAGCACUGCUUUGAACUGUACGGCUACGACAUCCUCAUCGACCAGGACCUCAAGCCGUGGCUCCUGGAGGUGAACGCCUCGCCGUCGCUGACGGCCAGCAGCCAGGAGGACUACGCGCUCAAGACCUGCCUCCUGGAGGACACCCUGCAUGUGGUGGACAUGGAGGGGAGACUCACGGGAAGGGAGAAGCGAGUCGGGGGCUUUGACCUCAUGUGGAACGACGGCCCUGUCAGCAGAGAGGAGGGGGCUCCUGACCCAGUGGGGAACUUUGUGACCAACACGCACCUCGGACAGGUUCCUAGAAGUAGAAUUGCUGGGUCAAAAGCAUGGACUCAUCACAACCAAACUGCUUUCCAGAAAAACUGGGUAAAUCUGCGGGCAGUGGAUUGCAAAGAAAAAACUGUGCCAACUUCACAGAAGUGCUGACUCGUGACUGUGUGUGCAUUCCAGUGGUUACUGGUGUGGUUUCAAUUUUUUAGAUUUGUAUUUCUGCCAUACUCCACAUCUGCUUUUCUAUGGGUUAUUUACAAUGUACUACGUGUGUAAGGUCUGCGGAUAUUAAUAUGCUAAAGAUACAACCCCUCUAACUUAUGGUAGAUACUUUCUUGAGUUUGUCAUUUGCUUUUUAAAUUUUGUGCCUGGCUUUUUUUUUUUAAAGGCAAAGUGACAGACGGAGAAAGAGGGAGAUCUUCCAUCUGCUGGUUCACUCCCCAAAUGUUUGCAAGAGCUGAAGCUGGGCCAGGCCAAAGCCAGGAGCCCGGAACUCCAUCUGGGUCUCCUACAUGGGUGGCAAGGCUUUGAGUACUUGAGCCCUCAUCCCCUGCUCCCAGGCUCAUCUGCAGGGAGCUGGACUGGAAGCAGAGUAGCCAGGGCUUGAACCAGGUCUUCUGAUAAUGGGAUGCAGGCAUCCCAAGUGGUAGAUUAACCCGCUGAGCCGGUCCCCCUUAUUUUGAAUGAAAUCUUUUUUGGGUUUGGUAUGACUUGGAAUUGGGUUUGGCCGCCAGCACCUGGAAGCCAUCGUGAGCUGAGGGGCUGGUUUGUCUGGAGCCGCGGGAAGCCAUGGGUAGGACGCCCAGGGCUGAUAUGACGGCUGUGCGCCACCCCAGGGACCUCGCUUUUCCUCUUCCUGCUUUGCACGCGCGACAGGUCAGCUCAGUGGCCAUGCUUGUUGCCUCACAGUUCCAAGAUGACUGCUUCAACUCUGGACAACGCAUCCUCGUUCCAGGUGGGAAAAACAGGAUGAUGUAAGAGCCAGUACCUUCUUGUCAAGGCUUCUUUUAUUCCCAAAAGGAAGCCCUCACAGGGACGUCUGCUGGCAUCUCGCUGGCCAGAACUGCAGGGAUGCCGAGUAGUCUGCCUUGCGGAGAGCAGAGGGAGCCUGUGAGUGAUGCUGGCACAGCCGACCCCCGGGGCUGCGUCACUGGAACUCUAUACAACAUGGACUGACUCAGGAGUGGGGGCGGGGCCCAGGAGCAGCCUUUCUGACAAGCUCCCAAUCAGUAACUGGCGGUGUAACAGACCUCCCCCGGCCCGGCAGCUUCAAAUGACUUGGUUUGCUGAGGGCUCUGCAGGUCUCUCCUGGGGUAACUGGGAGGCCUGCAGGCGCCUGGUGGAUUCACGGGGACCUGCCAGCCUGGACAGCCGCAUUCACAGGUACGGGGCCUCCAGCGGGCGAGGCCUGGCAGCUGCAUGUGCUGCUCUCAGGGCUCCACGAGAGAACGCUGCGUUCAUCUGUCCAUGAACUUGUCGAAGGCCCCUGGUUGGCUCCCCGCCCUUGAUGGAGCAGGGACGCAGCCUUGCAGCGAGGCUCAUGUGCAGGAAGGGGAGGGCAGCGGCGGCGGCGGCGGCACCAGCUCUGCACCGGCAGCCAUCAGCGCUGCUGCCGAGCAGAAAUGGAGGACCCGGGUCUCCCGUGGGCUGUGAGCCCAGACUCGCCGGGGAGCUUUCAGAUGCAGUGGUCUGGCUGGACCACGGUCAGUAGUUCCCAGCUCUGAAGCCACUGCAUUGGAAGCCUCUAGAAUUAUCCCCAAGUUUCCCACUGAGCAGGCGGAUGGUGGUCAGCAUAGGAGGAGCUGCCUGGGGCUGGGGAAAGUACCAUAGAGUGAGUGAUGUGGUCAGGCACACCAGGUGAGAUCAGGAGAUAGCUCAGUCUAGAAUUCCAGGGGCUGUGUGUUGGACAUGACGAUUUGAGAGUUGGAAAGGAGCUGGGGUUCCCUGGUGUGGACUUGGAGAGCACUGGGGAUGCGCACAGUGGGUUCUCAGUUUGGUGACGUCUCAUGGUCUGUGAGACCUAGGAGGCAGUGACUGGGUUUGAGGGGCUAAAAAGGACGGCAGACACCUCCAGGUCAGUACCUGCGGCCAUGAGUGCCCAGAUGAACUGACCACAGGUGGGCUCCAGGGCCAGAGCUGGGAGCAAACGGGAAAUGAAGGAGCGCAGGUGUGCUGGGACUGCCGGGGCCACCGGGGGGCAGAGUCCUCUCUCGCCCAACUGUGCCUGGCACGUGGGCUGGGUAAGCAAAGUAAGCUAACAAUCACUGGGCACCCAUCAGGUGCCAGCUGUGUCCCACUGAGCAAAGCCGAGAGCAAAGGCAGCGAAGGGCAGCAGCUGACGCGUGACUGGCACCAGACAGCCCAGGUGCAGAUCCCAGCUCCACUUACUGUGUGAUCUGGGGCGGAGGGCGUGUCCACGAGUCCCUGAGGCUCCAGCAGGGUGUCCACCUGGGUGCUCCUGAAGCAGACCCAGGAACCCGUAAGUCCACUCCCCCAAGCAGGGAGCAUUGUCUUGGU